GUUAUGUAGCUGAGAGAAUCAUGUGAAAGAAUCGCCAGUCAACCAACACAACAAUCAAAAUGUGCAGUAAGAUAUCCAACCUACCCAAGAUAUUUGGCGGUGCACAAAUCACCCACAACUUCAGUGUAAGGAUCCAGCCUGAUGGAAUUCACUCUUCUCCCAGGAAUGUUAGGGUUUUCUGUCCUUACCGAGAAUACCACCACAGUUCCGAAGACAAAGAAACCCCUUUCUCAAACGUCAAACUACUAGGAGCAUCAACAUUAGUUGCUGCUUCAAUAUUUAGCUCCUUCUUUGAUGACGGCGGUAAAUCCAAGGAGGAUACUUUGAAGAAACACAUAGGUAUGUGUACAAUGCACCUGCACCAGGCUGAACCACAUUUCGCAAAACCACACUUCGAGCAAGCUUACGAGCUGCUGAAAGAUGAUCUGGACAGAACGAAGGAGACACCCAUACCAAACCUGAGGAUCGCUUACCUUACUGAUCAACUGGGUAACAUUGCUCUUCAGCUAGAAUGUUACAAAGAAGCUAUAAACCUGUACAUGGCUACAAUUAACGGAUUUGCUCUGAAUGGUAUAGAGCGGAGUAACCGUACUGUUACAGAGUUGUUCCUCAAGAUAGGUCAGAUUUACGCUAUACUUGGAGAGUACAAGUUGGCUGAAAUGAGCUUCUUACACUGUGUUGGUGUGACGACUCUAGAAUUAUCUAAAAGUGACGAACCCAAAAACCCUACAGUUUCCACUUUGGCAGGUUUGGCAUACGAAGGUUUGGGUAAAGUAUAUCUGUCCAUGAAUCUACCUGAAAAUGCUCUCAACAUGUACAAACACGCCUUUCAAUUCGCUGGAGCUUUAUUCGACCCGAACGACCCGCAAAUCCCUGUUUUAUUAAAUGAUUUUGCAACUGUGUACGAAGCAUUGGACCAGUAUGACAUGGCGCUGGAGAAGGUAGAGAAUGCGAUCGAGAAAGCAAAAGUAGCCAAUCAAGCAGCUUUACCUUCCAUUAUGUGUAACAAGGCUACCAUUUUACUGUUCAGUGGUGACUUGAUAAGUGCUAGAUCACUAUACGAAGAACUAUUGCAGACCUGUCUACGGAUCCAAGACUAUGAGACAAUUAGAGAGAUAAACGCUAAUCUGAAGAUUUUAAAAGAAAAAGAAAGAUUACAGAAGGAGUGUUUGGCUGAAUGAAGAUGUAUCACGUUGUAGUAAUCAGACCCUCAAUUCCAAGAAAGUAGACCCUCAUUUCCAAGAAAUACUGGUUUCUUGAUUCUAUGAUUUUUAAGAAGAAUUUCCAGUUUUGUUACGGACAUUGUGUUAUUAAGCACUGGUAUUAAAGUAUUAUAAUAUGGCACA